ACUUUGAAAAUGGCACUCCAAAAGCUUUCUGCGUUCACUGUGUUGACCAUUCUCAUAUGCAAUGGUUGUCAGGCUCAACGGCAGCCAAUGUGUGGUAAUGUAGUUAACAAAAGACGGAUUGUUGGGGGCCAGGAUACAUUCCCAGGCCGUUGGCCCUGGCAGGUCAGCAUACAGGGAGAGAACGGUCACUACUGUGGAGGAUCCCUGAUCACCGACCAGUGGGUGUUGACCGCGGCCCACUGCAUUGGAAGUGACAUCCUCACAUCUAGAGUUCAUCUGGGUGCCUACAAUUUGACACAAUCCAACCCCAAUGAAGUGACUCGGGGGAUCGCACAAGUCAACAAGCAUCUUGAUUACAACCCUAACACUUAUGACAAUGACAUCGCUCUGUUGAAGCUGUCGGCUCGCGUCAAUUUCACAGACUACAUUCAGCCAGUGUGCCUGGCUUCACAUAACAGCACCUUUCAUGAGGGUACCCACAGCUGGGUUACUGGUUUUGGUAGCCUGGGUAAUGAGAUGUUCCCUGACAUCCUGCAGGAGGUUGAAAUACCGAUCGUAGGAAAUAACAAGUGCUCAUGCUACAAUCAAGACUUUGCCGCCAUCACAGAGAACAUGAUGUGUGCUGGCCUUGAUGAGGGAGGAAAGGACUCUUGUCAGGGAGACUCGGGAGGACCGCUAGUGAUGUACAACAGUCUUGUGUGGGUCCAGGGUGGGGUGGUGAGUUUUGGGUAUGACUGCGCCGUUCCAAUGAAACCUGGAGUCUACGCUCGAGUGUCCGCCUAUCAGAAGUGGAUCACCGACACGGUCACUGGCAUGAAACCCAGCUUUGUCGAUUUCAUCUCCGAAGGCUUUGAUCCUGACUUGUGGUUCUCUUGCUCUACCUUCACGCCUCCCACCACCACUGAUGACAGCCUCUUUGGCAGUGGUGAAAACCUGAGUCACUUCACUCACCUCCUGGCUCUCUCUGCACUGUCGCUCAUUCUCCAUGUCUUUAUCAGCAGCGGUGGAAUGUUGUGUAACCUGCUUUUGAGAGGGGGGAAAAAAUAUGCACCGCGACCGGAGAGGAGUUUGAAAAUGGCUUUCCCAAAGCUGACCGGGUUUGUCCUGGUGACCCUCCUGCUGCACAGUGGUUGUCUGUCACAGACGUUUGAAUGUGGCCGGCUGCCGAUCAGGAACCGAAUUAUUGGGGGUAUGGAUGCAUAUCUUGGGACGUGGCCAUGGCAGGCAAGUUUGCAUCAGAAGGGUUUUGCUUUCUGUGGAGGAUCGCUGAUCAACCAUCAAUGGAUCCUGACCGCUGCUCACUGUAUAACAUGGUAUGACCUUUUCGUCACAGAAGUCCUGCUGGGUACUGUAGAACUGAAUGUCAAGAGCCCCCAUCGGGUGAAUCUAAAACUUGCUCAAAUCGUCUGCCAUCCUAAAUACAACCCUGAGACAUUUAACAAUGACAUUUGUCUUCUGAGGCUUUCGAAGCCUGUCACGUUCACAAAGUACAUCCAACCCAUCUGCUUAGCUUCUGAAACCAGCCAUUUCAAUGACGGGAAUAAGGCUUGGGUCACUGGUUUUGGUGUGACUGCAACUGGAUUAUCAACCAACAAGUUGAAGGAGGUCGAUGUUCCAAUUAUUGGAAGAAAGAGGUGCAGAUGCUACUAUAAACAGGCUGCCUCAAUCACAGACAACAUGAUAUGUGCUGGACAUUUUCGUGGAGGAAAGGACUCAUGUCGGGGAGACUCAGGGGGCCCACUAAUGUUAAAAAAGGGCCCUAAGUGGAUCCAGGCUGGGAUUGUGAGCAUGGGUGAAGGCUGUGCUCUCCCACUGACACCUGGAGUCUACACUCGAGUGUCAAAGUAUGAGUCUUGGAUCAAAGACAUGGUCACUGGCACGAAACCGGGCUUCCUCACCUUCACUUCUCCUGGCGUUGACAAGGAUUUAAAUUACUUUUGUCCCCGCAAAGUGACAUCUGAUGACAAAUCUUUUGAUGGUGGUGAACACCUGAGUCCUUCCAGUCACUCAUUGGCGUUCUCUGUUGUUGCAACAUUUCUCAAUGUAUUUUUUGGCAAAUAAUACAUUUAAAUAUACAGUGACUUCCUGAGUCCUCAAA